AUGAAUCCAGUCAUACUCUGGACAACGUUGUUUUCUUUAGUCCUGGCUGGAAAUUCUCCUCGACUAAAAUUUUCCAUGCAAGAGCCAGCAGGGUUUCAUAUUUCAAAACCAGAGAACUACAUGACUGUGUACCACCAACAGGGGAGUGAUGUUCUGUAUGUGGGUGGUCAAGCAGUCAUCUAUAUUCUCACAUUCACCCACAAAGGAGUGCAGGACACACAGAUACCUGUACUUGCUGAUGAAAGUGCCAAAGCAACCUGUCCCUCCAGAUCAGUACAACAGCUUAACUGUGAUAAUUUCAUCACUGUCAUUGAGAAGGUCAAUGACACCUUUGUGGUCUGUGGGACGAAUGCAGGCACACCUAAAUGCUGGCUACUGGUGAAUAAGACUGUCCUCUCUGACAUGCCACAGAGGACAUCACCAUCAGAUAUAUCACCUCCUGUCCCUUCUCAACGCUCUGUCAGUCUUUCAGCAGAUGGGAGUUUGUAUUCUGCUUUGUCAGCUGCUCCAAAUCAGCCUGGCUUUAUUCGUCGCACCUACAGCUCCAGCAAGCUGCUGAAGACCGAGAGCAAAUGGCUAUUGAACCCUCAGUUUGCUGGAGCAGCAGUCAUUCCAGCCACGCAAAAACACAAUGAAGAAAUUUACAUUUUCUUCAGUGAGAUUAACAGGACAGCCAGCUCAGACGAAGAGCCAUACAGGGCCCGGAUUGGAAGGUUUUGCAUGAACGAUGAGGGAGGCAUAAAGACUGUCCUGCCUGACUCCUGGACUACGUUUCUGAAAGCUCGGGUGAUGUGUGGGACAGCCAACACACCUAAGCAGUACAACAACAUCAAACAAGCAUUUGUGCUGGCAUCCUUGCAUCGCACCGGGGUCAUGUAUGGACUUUUCUCCAAUGCCUGGGACACAACUGUAGUCUGUGCAUACUCAAUUGAAGACAUUGAUCAGGUGUUUGCUAAGUCUAAGCUUAAAGGCUACAACAGUCCACCCACCGGAGCUCGACAUGGAAUGUGUCAACCUAAUCCAGCAGCUGUGAACCCAAAGACCCUGGGAAUAAUGAGGGAUCAUCCUGAGAUUGAGGACGUGAUACGGCCGGUAGGGGACUCUUCUCUGGACCUGCCCACUGGUGACCACUUCACACAUGUAGUUGCAGACUUUGUGCUAGCUGUCAAUGAUGAACAUUACAGUGUGAUCUACCUGGGUACAGAGCAGGGGAAAGUCCUUAAAGUGCUCCAUACCAUUGAAGAAGCCUUCAUCAUAUCCCAGUAUUCUCUGUUUCACAAUGAUGGCCCUGUCAUUAACAUGGCUAUUGACUCACAGAAGGGUCACCUUUACGUAGGCACAGCAAUGGAGAUCCAGCGCCUACCACUGGCUGACUGCAGCCGAUAUGGGGACAGUUGCCAGGACUGCAUCCUCUCCAGAGACCCUUACUGUGGGUGGGACUUAACCAGAAAGAGGUGCCUGGCGAUUCCGACAAAUUACAACGUCACCACUGGCAAGCUGAUACAAAGCCUUGACCAGUCCAAUGCAUCAGUGUGUGGGGACACAAGAGCUCUAAAGAGACACGGCGCAACUCCUAAAGAAGUCCAGGUCCAGAAAGAUGGUCCAGUCAUGUUGCCAUGUCCUGUUCAAUCCUACCACGCCAACUACAGUUGGGAAAAGGACAACUGCAUUAAGCUCUACCCCUGCACCAUCUUUGGUUCGUCUUGUGUUCUUGGCAGCACUCCCGAAUUGCCCUUGAAGGAGGGUGUGUUCCGCUGCAUGGCUGUGGAAGGUGGCCUAAAACAGGAAGUGGUGUCUUACAGGCUGGUAUUCAAUGCCGGGCCCCUUACAUAUUCAUCCGCCUCCACGCUGGCUCUGUCUUUCCUGCUGGCCGUGGCUGGCUUUUGCCUCUAGUAGGUCUGCUAACACACCUCAGGCUCUGUAUGAUGGGAGCGUGUUUCAGUUUUAAGGUUAGGUUCACAGCGCAUGAGUGCAUAUCAGAUCGUUUCAUAGCUCAUGGGAAGAAGAUGGUCUUUAUGCCACCUGUAUUAUGUUUUUUUUUGUGAGUGAAGAAUUUGAAAUACCUGAAAAUGACAUAAAAUUGCAAGAAAAUUAAGCUGAAGGUAACACCUUGCUUUCUACACAGAUUACUCAUACAAUGUCAAGUCAAGUCAAAUUUAUUUGAAUAGCGCUUUUUACAAUGUACAUUGUCUCAAAGCAACUUUACAGAAUCCAGGGCCAACAGACAAAAAACCCCUAUUGAGCAAGCCGAGGGCGACAGUGGCAAUGAAAAACUCCCUCAAAAUUACAGGAAGAAACCUUGAGAGGAACCAGACUCAGUAGGGACCUCCAUCCUCUUUGGGUGGCCUGGAGGACAACAAUGUUGUCUGAUCCAUGUCAAAAUGAUUACUAAAAAUUAGUAAAAAAAAAAGCACCAUCAGCAUUAUUCCUCAGCCCUGUGCAGGCGCCAUCAGUCAGCCAGCAGGGGCCGCAGUUGCACCGGUUAUGAGGACCUAUGAUCCGACUUUUUACCCCUAACCCUGAACAACAGCCAAUUGUUGUUCAUGCAGCCGCCCAGCCCGGUCAGAAAGGCAGAGCUGAGAUUUGAUACGAUGUAUUCGAAACCCCAACUCUGGUGCGCUAGCGUACUUUACCGCUGCGCCAGUGGCCAAUUGUACUGUUUUUGAACAUUAUUAAACACAUUAAUUAAUCAAUUAGCAUCCAGGCUGAAAAUGAAAUGUAAAUUAUUUAAUAAAAAAGGAUUAAACCUCAUUUGUCAGCUUGUAUAGGGCAGAUUGUAGC